GAGCUACCGUCCUGACGUACGAGGAGUGUCUGACGUGCUAGGAGAGUCAACAUGGUCGCCUGCAAGUAUGUACACACGUGUGUAAGUUCCUGAAACAUUAGAUAGCGAAUACGGAACAUUGGGGAAGAUAGGACGAGCCGGAGCUGAAGAGUCUUUCACGGAGUCGCCAUCAUGUCCGGGAGAAAUAACAACAAGCUACCGAACAACCUGCCACAGCUGCAGAACUUGGUGAAGCGGGACCCGACCUCAUACAUUGAGGAGUUUUUACAGCAGUACAAGCACUACCAGUCUGUCAUUGAGGUAUUCAAGCUGCAGCCAGACCGGCCUAACAAGGAUUUGGCAACGUUGGUCAUGUUUAUGGCACAGACUGCACACUGUUAUCCAGAGCAUCUUCAGGAUUUCCCACAGCAGCUGAAAUCAAUCCUGUCCUCACAACACACAGUCAUGGAUCCAGAUCUCAGAAUGACUUUAUGCAAAGCUCUUGUCUUGCUAAGAAACAAGGAUUUAAUAAGCCCUUCGGUUCUUCUGGAACUUUUCUUUGAACUUUUGAGAUGUCAUGAUAAACUUCUAAGGAAGACUUUAUAUACUCACAUUGUGACAGACAUCAAGAAUAUAAAUGCGAAGCAUAAAAACAACAAAGUGAACACAACGCUACAGAACUUUAUGUAUACAAUGCUUAGAGACAGCAAUGCAAUUGCAGCUAAGAUAUCAUUGGAUGUCAUGAUAGAGCUAUAUAGAAGGAAUAUCUGGAAUGAUGCUAAAACAGUCAACGUUAUAACAACUGCCUGUUUUUCUAAAGUCACUAAGAUGCUGGUUGCUGCCUUGCAAUUCUUUCUAGGAAAGAAUGAUGAAAAGAAAGACAGUGACUCCGAGUCAGAGGAUGAAGGACCAACUGCAAGAGACUUAAUGGUGAGGUACUCCACUGGGAAAAAGAAUACAAAGAACAAGAAGAAACUGGAGAAAGCCAUGAAAGUCUUAAAGAAACAUAAAAAGAAGAAAAGGCCAGAAGUAUUUAACUUUUCAGCAAUUCAUCUGGUGCAUGACCCCCAAGAAUUUGCAGAAAAGCUUUUAAAGGAGUUGGAGAAAUCGAAAGAACGGUUUGAGGUCAAGAUGAUGUUUAUGGAUCUCAUCUCCAGGCUUGUUGGAAUCCACGAACUUUUUCUUUUUAACUUCUACCCAUUUAUACAAAGAUUUCUGCAGCCACACCAAAGAGAGGUAACAAAGAUUCUCUUGUUUGCCGCUCAAGCUACUCAUCACCUGGUGCCCCCAGAGAUUGCCGAGUCUCUGGUGAUGACUAUUGCUAAUAACUUUGUUACUGACAGAAAUUCAGGAGAGGUGAUGACUGUUGGCAUAAAUGCCAUAAAAGAGUUAACUGCUCGGUGUCCUUUGGCAAUGAAAGAAGACCUGUUACAGGACCUUUCACAGUAUAAAACCCACAAGGAUAAAAAUGUCUCAAUGUCUGCCAGAGCACUAAUACAGCUAUUCCGUUCUUUGAACCCUCAAAUGUUGCAUAAGAAAUUCCGAGGUAAACCAACAGAAUCAUCUACAGAGGCAAAAAUUCAAGCAUAUGGAGAAUUGGUUGCUAAAGACUAUAUUCCAGGAGCUGAGGUGUUGGAAGUUGUAAAUGAAGUGAGAGAAGAGGCAGGGGAAGAUGAUGGCUGGGAAAGUGCAAGCCUCAGUGAUGAUGAUGAAGAUGGGGAAUGGAUUGACGUCCAUCAUACUUCUGAUGAGGAGCAACAGGAAGUUGAAGAAAAGCUUAAAGCAAUGCCAGAAGAUGAGCGAAAGGCCAAGGCUGCAGUUGUCAGUGCCAGCCGACUCCUUACUCAAGAAGAAUUCAAGAAAAUUCGAAUUGCACAGUUGGCAAAAGAAGUAAAGUCUGCACCUGGAAAAGCAGAGAAGAGGAAGAAUAUUGAAAUAGACAGUGAUGAGGAAGACAGCAAAGGUGAAUUACUGUCACUCCGAGAUAUUGAACAUCUGCACAAAAAACCCAAGUCUGAUAAAGAAACUAGGCUUGCAACAGCUAUGGCUAGUAGGACAGACAGAAAAGAAUUUGUGAGGAAGAAAAUGAGGAUGAAUCCUAAUGCCAGCACCACCAACAAAGAAAAGAAAAAGAAUAAGAACUUCAUGAUGAUGAGAUAUAGCCAGAAUGUCCGAUCCAAAAACAAGCGUUCAUUUAGAGAUAAACAGAUUGCUCUGCGAGAAUCUCUUCUGAAGAAACGAAAACGGCUUAUUAAGUAAAGGGAGUUACUCUGAUUUCAAUGUGCUCUAGUGAUUCUUGUGUACUGCUUUGGCUUGGAGUUCUGCACACCUGGCCAAGACUUCUAUGUAUAUUGUUAAACUCCAGUGGAGAACACUUUGCUAAGAAAAAUAAAUGGAUUGGACUGUU